UUUCCAAUUUCCAGAACAACCACAACAGUAGUUAUUGUCGAGAUCGUGAAGAGAAGAGAUUAUGCUAUCGGAAGACAGACAUUUUUUUUUUUAACAUUUAUUAAGAUUCAUUUUAAAGAAUAUACACAAAUAUACUUACAUGUGUAUAUAAAAUAAUAAAAAUUUAUAGAAAAUUACGGAUGACCGAGCAUGUUAAAAUAGAAAAUUAAACGUUAAAGUGAAUGAUCGCAAUAAAUAAGAGGACUUUUGAAUACAUAUUACCUUUUAUUAGAAAUAUUAACUAUAAAUAUUUUUAACCAAACCCUUAAUCGCAUAUACAUAAUUAUAAAUUCAAUAUUGUCCAACGAAUUAUUUCAUGAAUUGGAAAAUUUGCACUAUUUGGAUUAAAAUUAAAAAAGGAAUUGCUGAUUAUGUUAAAACACGUUCAAAUAUCACCUUUUCGAAAUCGUUCGGAUUCCCUUUCCCUAAGGUCAUCAACAUCAUGUGCUUCAUCACUUUGUGGUAGCCCAGAGCCCCAAAAUGAUUUACAACUUACGCCGUCAAGAGCGUCUAGUUAUUCAAGUUUAAGUGAGACAGGUCCUCAGACAACAAUUAAAGUGUACACAAAUUGUCUAAGAAUUGAUAUUGAAUACAAAACGCUUGGAAUUCAAUGGGAUACAACAAGUAAAGAAGUGAUAACAAAACUUUUAAAAAGAUUAAAAAUGAGACAUCGUGAUCCAAAGUUAUUUUUCUUAUCUAUGGAAGUAACAGUGAGAAGCGCAGGAGUCAAAACUGUUUUCGUAUUAGAUAAUGCAGCACGUCCUGCUAUUUUACAAGCAUGUCAUCCAAAAGGGGAAUCAAGAUUUUGUCUGCAAUCGAAACCUGGAGGACUAAUACGUGUACAUACUUCCGCCUUGCAAUCUUCAUCCCAAUAUAAAUCGCUUGUGAUAUCACAGGAAACCACUUCUGAUGAACUAUUAUGUAUCUUGUUAUCUUGCUAUAAUUCAGUAGAACCAGUAGAACAGUUCUCAUUAUAUGAAGUUUGUCCUGGUCAAGAAUAUCAAAGAAAAUUACACCCAGACGACAUUCCUUUGAAAGCACAAAAUGAAAGAAUUCAACGUGGAGAAACCUGUCAUUUUCUUGUACGACGAAAUCCCAAUUAUCCAAAGCGUCGACAAACAAUAUCGACUACCAGUACAAGGAGUGGCAACAUGAGUAGUAAUCAAAAUUUUAGCAGCGGAAAAAUAUAUGACAUAGAUAUAAGUGAAGUAAAUAAAGAGAGUGCAAGGAUAAAUACGGUUACGCCAAAUAUGUCAAAUGAAAAUUCUGAAAGACAAACGAGGUAUCCAGCGUCAGAAAUAUGUAUUGAAAAAAGCGAAUUAAAAUUUCAUGAUUAUAAUUGUUUUGACAAUAAUUUUAAGCAAAAUCAAAAAUGUUCUUUGAACGGAAAUACCCUUGUUUCUUUGAUUCAAAUAUCAACACCAUCCCAAUACUGUGCAACAAUGCUAUCUCAAAUGAAAGAACAGAAUUGUUCGGUAAUCAAAGCCAAAAAGGCACAACAAAAUCAAUCAAAUGUUCAAAAAAAUUGUCAAAAAUGCCGAAAUUCAUUUAAAUCUUGCGAAUUUUGCAAUAAAAAUUUAAAAGCAACGAUAUUACAUGCUCCACCACAAGCAUCAACUCCAUCAUCCAAUCUUAAAUUGACUGAAAAUUUAAGCGUAUUACAAAAUUCUAAACACUACAGUCGACAAAAAUGUAUGCUCACAAAUUUAGAAGUGACCAAGUACAGUCCAGUAUACAACAUUCGAGAGAUACGUACUGUUAGUCAAUCUUUUUCUUCGCUUGGAAAUGAUAAAAAAAUUAUAGACAUCGAUUUCGAAACACAUUUUGUUCCUGUAUCACCAACAUUGAAAGAAAAGUUUUCAGCAAAAAAGGAAAUGACUAUAAAUGGAGCAAUAAGUUCUCCUAGCAUAACAAAAAGUAAUAAACAAGUAGGAAGUAGCGUAAGCAAUAAAAACUACGCUUCAUUUUUAGCAUUAAUACCUUUUGCAAACAAAUCACAAAAUUUCACUAAAAACAACAUUUUACCAUUAAAAUCCAAAGAAGUAUCUGGCUCGUUAAACGAUACAAACUAUGAUUUGAUUUCAACAGAACAAUCGAGCUUAUUAAGAACUGGACGCAACUUUCUAGAAAUAAAGGUCUUGAAUGAAUCAGAAAAAAGAAAUGCAAAACCCAUUGAAGAAGUUAAUAAUAAUCCAUCCAAAGGCUUAGGUCAUUUUGUCUAUAUUUAAGCAGAUACAUCUAAUAAAAAAACCAAUAUAAUAAAAAAAGCUUAGAUUUAUGGACCUUAUGGAAAACUUAGAUUUAUGGACAUAGCAACAAAAGAAUUAACGUAUAAUUUUUGUAAUAUAAAAGAAAAAUAUAUGUACAUACACAUGUAUUUACAAAAUAUACAUAUGUAAAUGAAACUUGAAGAAACUUUAAAGAUUGAGAAACUGAAAACGUCAUCAUUUUCUCUCAUUUUUGUUCAAAAAGAAUUAUUCCAGACUCUUUGCGUACAAAAAGUUUGUUUUAAAAAAAGUUUUUAUACUUGUACGAACGUAUGUUCGAAGGGUAUCCUGAAUUUUCCUUACCAUUUGUGGUACUAAAAAAUGAUGGUCUGAGAUAUAGACUCAAGUGUAUGUUUUUGAUCAGCGUCGAAUUCGGAGCUUUUUCUGUCCGUCCGUCCGUCCGUCUAAACGAUUACUUAAAAACUAAUUGAGCUUUAAUGAAAAUCAGUGAACUUAGAGUUUUUUCAAAUUAUUUAUUACAAUAAAUUCCAGAACCACAUUUCAAUUGAAUAUGGUCGGGGUACUGGUUCGGGUAGAUGCUAUACUACUUCAAAUUUUAUUUGACUAUAUCUUAGAAACUAUAAAAGCUGUGGUAUUGAAUAUAUUAGCAGGGCCAAUGUGUUUGAUAAAAUUCAUUGAAAUUGCUUGGCUCUUUCUGGUACCAGCCAUACAGCUUCAAUAGUAGUUCAAAUAGAAAAUAUUGAAAACACAGUGCUGCAUAUACAAAUUUUGCAUAAAUUAAUGUUAACACGGCAACUUAAAGUCAUAGUCUGUACCAUAGUCAGCUAUGGCAUAUUUAUUCGCACAUGGGAUAACAAAUUCGUACGGGUACAUGGUCAACUCUAUUUUUCCUCGUUUUUAAAUAAAGUUUUUUCAAGUUGUAUAAGGUUUUUAAAAACUUUCUUAUACCAGAAUAAACUGUUAUGUAUAUACGUACAUAUGUACAUAAUUAAUUUAAUAUAUACGCUAAAGUUGUAGUAGCAAAAAUUAAGUAAAGAUAUACAUACAUACAUAUAUACAUAAUAUAAGUACGUAAUAUCUAACGAAUGCAAGGCAAAAAUUUAUCAAAAGGAUAUUUACAUACAUUUUUUUCUUUUUUAAGAUAUUACAUACAUGCAUAACUUCAAAUUUUAACAUUCUAUGACUUCAAAACUGUAUUGUUACAUAAUUCAGCAAUGACUAUAGACUAAAUUGUGACUAACGCGGCUAAAGUAUACGAAGUCAACGAUUUUGGACACACUACGAUUAUGAAUGUUUAUAUGUAUGUACAUAUAAAUAAAAAAUUUUAUUGUCUUACUUCAGCAUUGUAAAAAAUAAAGUUUAAUUUCACUUAACUAAGUGAACUUAAAAUAACUAGAUAUCCAUAAAAUAUAUAGAAUCCAAAGAGUUAAAUUUUAACUUGAAAAAUUAAAAACUAUGAACUUUCAUAUUUACAUUGUAAAACUUAGCGGCAACAUUUAUACCAAAGAUAUUAUUUUAAAAAAUCAAGAAAUUUGUUUUAAGAAACUAAUUCAUUAGUUAUUAUGUGUAUGUGCAUGAAUAAUUAUUAUUAUUUUUAAACGCAUAUAUAUGUAUGUGACUACAAUUACUGUAUACAUAUGUAUAAUGAUUUCAACAAAAGCCAAUAGCCUUUUACAACCUUACAUGUAAAAUUAUGAUUGCGUGAUCACAUACAUACAUAUGUAAUUACAUAAUUGUUUUAUUAAUGUUAAUUUACAUAAAAUUAAAAGUAAAAUAAUUGCCAAAAUUAAUUGAAAAUUCUAAAAAUAUAAUGUAAUUAAUACCAAAAAUUAGCAAAUACUUUUAUGAUUUAAUAAUUUUGACCCUUUAAUGUAAGUAAAUUUAUAUUUUAAAAAGUAAUAAAAAUAAUGUAAU